CUAAUGUGGACUUAUACUUUUCUCGGCCUCGCAGCUGCGCUGGUCAGCGGAGCUUCGGCCGCCUGCACCGCGUCUCUCAAGGUCGACGACUUCUCCAAAUGGUCGAGCAACACCAACAGCUUGAAUUCAUGGACCAGUGACGAUGGAUCUAUGACUUCUAUCUCGGCCAGCGGAGGAGUACUGUCUUUCACUCCAAAGGCCGACUCCUAUUUCUACGAGACGUUCCCCUGCCAAGCUGCCAGCUCCAACAACUACAACUCCGUUCAAUUUAGUGUAAAAGGCCCAGCUGGUAGCUCCUUGACCCUCGAAAUUCAGACCCAGAGCUCCUGCUCCGCCACCACGUACACUUCGUCCUUCUUCACUGUUUCCGGUCUCACCGGGAACACGCAAACAAUUACCGUGCCCCUCAACUCCUUCUCAGGAGCCAACACAAACGCCAUCACGGCUUUCGUCUGGUCUGGCUUUUCUGCCACCACAGGAUGGCAGCUUAGCAACAUCCAGUUCGGCUGCGGCACCAGUGGCCCGACUUCCGCUCCUCCGAGUUCUACGCGGACGUCGGCGAGUGUCCCGAGCUCAACCAGGACGACGCUUGCGACCGUGACGACUUCGGCCAUACAACCUUCUGGGACUUGUUCGCCGUUGCUGAUUGAGGACUGGACGUCGCAGUCUCGCCUGACCUUCCUCUACUAUAAUGCGCUUCUCGAGCCAACGUCCGACGAUGGAACCUUUAGCUCGAUCCAGGUAAACAACCCAAGCAAGAACCGCGUCACGCUUACUCCCAAAGACACCAGCUCGUACUUCUACACGCAGUUCGGCUGCGUCAACGCGAAGAACAAGUAUGGUGGUAUCUCGCUCCGGAUCAAAGCAUCAGCUGGGACUACCUUCUCCGUUCAACUGGAUUCGUCCAGCUCAUGCGAUCCGACCAACGCCCAAUCCGCCGGUCAGACCUCCACUCAGCUCGGGUGGACUUUUGAUGGUACUGAGAAGGUUUACACGAUUCCCUUCUCAAAGUUCCCUACUCUGAAUACCGAGAAACUUACGACUCUGCUCCUCUCGGGCUUCAACAAACCCGUUGUGUUCGGUCCCGUCGCUUUUUACUGCGGAAACUCCGGUGCAGAAUACAUUGUCAGCACGACCACUCCUCCUGCGGGCCCCUCGUCAACCGUCGCCGCUCCCAGUGGCACUGCUGCCGCUCUUGUUAUCGACAAGUUCGCCAAUGCGAACAGCAACGCUCUUGGAUUCUGGCAUGGCGGCGAUGAAGGCAUGACCCUCCAAUAUGGCAGCAACCGACUCACCAUAACCUCGAAAGACGCCGAUUACUCGUUCUACACGCAGGUGUCCGGGUCCUGCUCCGACUUCCGCAAAUACCAAGGCUCGUAUCUGCACAUCGCCUACUCGGGCAGCACUGCUUUCACUGUUGCUCUUCAGCAGCAUAACAGCCAGUGUAAUGAAGCCAUCGCCCCUUAUCCCGAGACCUGGGACUCCGCAGAGGCUUCCCGCUAUGCUAAAAACGGGCACAUCUACAUCCCGAUCAAUCACUUCAACAUCAAUCUCCAGCGGACUGUCGGUAUUGCCAUCAAGGGGUUCUACAGCAGCACACCCGUUACUCUGUCGCUCAUUGAGAUCGUCCCCUCUGUUCCAGCUGGCACCAUCAUCCCCAACAAGCAGGAGACGGGCGACCUUGUCUUCGCUUGCAAACGUCCCAACUCGUUUGCAUUCGCCAUUGACGACGGUCAACCCGAACUGGCUCAGGAUGUGCUCAAGAUCAUCCGCGAGGAGAACAUCAAAGUGACCUUCUUCACUGUGGGCGCACCACUCCUCGAUGCCUCGACCAACCUCACCAAUGUCUACCGUGAGAUGCAGGCGCAGGGACACCAGGUUGCCUUGCACUCAUUCACUCAUCCCAAGAUGGAGGGUCUGCCUGACUAUGCUUCCAUCGAUUGGGAGUACAACGAGGACAUCAAGGCUGUUGAGAAGCAGCUGAACGGCCUCCAUACCCCUUACUUCCGCCCGCCGUUCGGAAAUGAGGGUGCGCGCAUGCGUUCGCGCCUUGCGCAGACUCUCGGCAAGAAGCCCACCAUCACCAUGUGGUCUGUUGACGUUGAGGAUUGGUUGUGGGCUGAGACCGACACCCCCGAGCAGCAGCUCAAGGCGUUCCAGCGCGAUGUUGACAAGGGCGGUAAUCUUGUGGUUUUGCACUACCUGUAUCCCAGCACCGUCUCCUAUCUCCGUCAGUUCAUUCAGAUUGCAAAGGCUACUGGUAAGCAGCUCAUGCGCGUCGAUCAGUGCAUGAUGGAUCCAAAUGCUCCUCCUCUAUGAAGGACGUAAUCUUUGAUGUUUAUGAGCGUUGAUGACGAAUGAGCGUUGCGACGAGUGGAAAACUCUGAGGGCUGUCAUUGAGUAAUUAUAUCUGUUAAUAAUCUUCAUUCGUGCUGUUGAGAGGGAAGCAAUAUAGAGUCCUGCACCUGAUCGAACUGUUGCGUGACUCACCUGUAUCAAUGGCCACAGUCUGCAUCAAGGUCUUUCAAGCCGGCUACAUGUUUAAGGACAGCUUAGGCGUCCCCAUCUGCAAAGUUGAGAGGAUUAAUAGUAUAGUAACAAAAAAAUACGGACAUGUCUG